AUGAAAAGUGAGAAGAUCGGGUUACCCAUUUCAUUAGGUGCCAAUUUUCUUUGUCAUCCACGGAAAGUCCAUUUUGGCGCUCAAUAUCUACAGUAUCGACCACCACACUUCAGUGAUGACGGAACAGGAGGGACCGGUGUGAUUGUGAUUGUGCCUGAAGUGGGCAUGAAGUUUAAUGACGAAAAUGAAAUAUUCAAUUUCUACAAACGAUAUGCAUACGAUAUGGGUUUUCUACCGCGAAGGGAAAAUAUCAAUAAUACAAGCGUUUCUGUGAAGUCACAAGCUACCAUGCAAAGUGGUUGUAAAGCCAAGCUUAUAGCAUGUUCAAAUAUUUGUGGAGUAUGGCGAAUUAAUACGGUAUACCUGGAUUACAAUCAUAAAACAAGUCCUUCGAAGUCUAGAUUGUUUAGAUGCAACAGACAAUUAAGUGCUCAGGCGAAAUUUCGUCUUGAAGUAAAUGACAUUGCAGGAAUACCGCUGCACAAAAGUUUCAAUUCUGCAGUUGUCGAAGCAGCUGGAUACGAGAAUAUGACCUGCAUUGAGAAAGACAGUCGAAAUUAUGUUGAACAAGUUAGGCAGCUAAGACUUGGAGAAGGUGAUACCGCAGCAAUACAGUCAUACUUUUCGACUAUGAAAGCACGGUGCUCAGGGUUCUAUUUCAGUAUUGAUUCAGAUGAGGAGUCGCGUCUGAAAAAAUAUAUUUUGGGCAGAUAA